AUGGACAACAUUCUAAGGAGCCUCAAGAAGAUCAGCACCGGCCUUAUUUUUACAACAGACAAGGAGCUGGCUAGCACAAAUGUGUACACUUCAUACGAGGGGGUGUACAAGAAUAAAAAGUGCACGAUAUUUAAGUAUAAGGGCGCAUAUAGCACGGUGGCCGAAGAGUCCUACCCUCUUUUGAAGUAUGUGCAAGAUCUUCUCCACAUCGCGCCAGAGGUCUUGGCCUCUCAGAAACACAACAGCUCAUUUUACAUCAUUACGGACAGGAUAUUUCCCGUCAUAACACAGGAAGAAAUAACUAGCAGCACGGUAACUUACAAGGUUUUUAAUGAGUUUAUAUCUACAAACAUCUCUCAGAUAAAUAACGAACUGUUGAAAAAACACAGCAUCAUACUUACUUCUUUAGGAAAUAUGUCCAUAGACAGCAAUACUAAGAUAAACAGUGCUGUGUUGGGAAAUAGCAAUACAAAAAACACUGCAGGCUCAUCCAAAGAGAUGCCAGAAAGAAAGAAUAAGAUGAACAUAGACUAUGCAGAUAUAUACUACGACAUAAACAAUAACACCAAGGCAAUGGUGCUUCCCAUUUUUACAGCAGUAAAUAACAUCGUGUGCAACCCCGAGAAUAUAAUAUACAAAAUACACAAAGUUCUGCACAGCAAUUCUUACAGGGACAUCUACAAUGUUCUGCAAAAUAAUACGAAAAUACUUCCACCACACUAUUUGAAAUACAUCACAGGCAUUCUUUUAUUGCACAUCGAGACUCAGAAAAUAAAAAUAGCAGAAAUAAAGGAGAGCAUCACAAACUACGAAAGUGGUAAAAACAGCAAGAACAGCAAAAACAGCAAGAAAACUGUUGUAAAUGCAUCUGUUGAUGGGAAAAACAGCGCUGGAGGGAAUGAUGAUCUACAGAACAUUGUUAACACGCUGUUUUUGUUUGAUGUGCAGAUCUUUUAUGAUAUUCUUAGUUUGUACUCUGAUAAGAACAUCAUAUACACCCUUUUGUACUUUAUAAAUCAGGGUUUGUACGCUUUAUCUCUCUCAGACAUAAACGAUCUGUUUUUGUACAUAAACACCAACAUAAAUAAGUACUAUAAGAAUGAAACAUUCUGCGAAGUAAUUGUUGAAAUACUUUUUAACUCUUUGCACGUGCUGAGUAGUAGCAACAGAAUACUUUUUGUGCAGCUGCUCAUUAAAUACGACAUGAUAGUAAAAGAGCACCAUGGAAGUGUUAAAAACAACAUGACCAUGCUGAUAGAAAUAGAGAACGUGUACAAUCUGCUAAUUCAUUUGCUGAGCUCGCAGUGCACGGUAAGCUACAGGCUGGGGAUAUUUAUUCUGUACAACAACAUAGAUAGAAUAGGAGUGGAGAGCAUGCUCUUGGAGAUAAUCGACAUAGUGAGCAAGAAGUGCCUUAAGGACGAAGUAGCCAACGAGUCGGUUGAGCUGCUGAAGUACGUUGUAGACUACAUAAACAAUAACAUCUCGGAAAUAAAGAAGAGCAAAGGAAUAAAAAUAAAAAAACAGAAGAAAGUAAAAAAGAAAGACACAGAAGACGAAUGGGAAAAAAGGAACAAAAUGUACCUGAGUAAGAUAGAGAACACAACAGUUAGCACCACUGAAUGGGACAAUAAUGAAUGGUAG